GAGAGAGAGAGAGAGAGAGAGACAUUUACAGGGUGGAAAGCGGAUAUUUCAGUGGAAUGGACAUACUUGCGCCGUUCAUGUUAAUCUUACGUGAUUUUCCACUUAUGAUGGGCGGCCAACACCCUUAUAAUCCUCAUCUCUAUCAGCCUCCCAACAUACUCUCGCCUGCGAAUCGUAUGCUACCACAUCAGGAGAAUCAACCACCGGAUGACGGCGAUAAUCCAGACACUGAUACGCCGUUACGUUUCAGUGUAAGUAACAUCCUCAAGCCGGAUUUCGGUCUUAAAGCCAUUCUCACCUCAAAGGGGUCGAAACAAACGGUCGCGAAGUUUAGCAACGGACACGCUGCAUCGAACGGCCACGUACAGACCUCGAGUAGCAGUCCACUUUCGCUACCACGCGACCUGAGCUUACCGUCCACGCGGCUGUCACCGCAAUCACCGAAUGCUACAAAUUACGCAACCCGAGACAAUAGGGAUACUUUCUCGUCCCACUGUGGAUUGGCGUCGCCGUUGCAGAGGCACAAUUCGGCAGGACUCAGCAGGAGCGGCAGCGUAGAAAGCCUCGCGUCCAACAGGAGUACGGCCACCAGCAGCUCAGUUACCGGACCGUCAUCCCUUUGCUCCGCGUCAUCUACCGUUAGCGGCGAGUCGUUAAACGGCGAAAGUGCACAGUCCGGUAGUAACGGUGGAACCCCAGCGACCCAGCAGAACACCACCAACGGGCAGUGCCAGUGGCCCGCUUGGGUGUAUUGCACCAGAUAUUCGGACAGACCGUCUUCUGGACCGCGUACGAGGCGAGUGAAACGUUCGCAGAACGUUAAGAAUAGCACGCCGGAAGAGAAGCGGCCGAGGACGGCCUUCAGCGCCGAACAACUGACGCGUUUGAAACGGGAAUUCACGGAGAAUCGAUAUCUGACAGAGAGGAGGCGGCAGCAGCUCUCGCAGGAUCUGGGUCUGAACGAGGCGCAGAUCAAGAUCUGGUUUCAGAACAAGAGGGCGAAAAUCAAGAAGGCGAGCGGUCAGAAGAAUCCGUUGGCGCUUCAGCUGAUGGCGCAGGGACUCUACAACCACUCCACCGUGCCGGUGGACGAGGACGGCGAGGAGAUCGUAACCGGAAGGAAUCCCUGAGACGCGAGCGAACUCGGAUAUGAAAACGAACGAGUACGAGAAGAGAGCGACAAGGUAGCGAACGAUAAGCGAGUGGCGAGUUAGGGAGUACCGUUUUCGCUUAAGUAUUACGCGACGAUAUUCCGAUAACCAGUGAUUAAGACUGAAUACGGAAAGAAAAGAAUAGAAAUAAAACAAAGAACGGAGAUGAAAUUGAUAGACAUAAUGUGCAAUCAUUAGAUGUUGAAUAUCUCGAUGGGAUUUCAUCAUAUUUAUACAUUUAUAUACUUCCUUUUUACAUUUUUAGUCAUAUAUGAAUUUUUAAAAAUCAAAUUAUUAUUUACAGAACUUGGGUCCUGUCCUGGACCAGGCCCAAGUCCUGCAUCUAGUGAAGGGAUGUUUCAUAGUACAAGUAGGAAGUGAUUGUAAUCACGUUUUAACUUAUA